AUGGAAGAAGAUCAGUCAUUACAAUUACAGUCGUCAUCGGCGUCGUCUUCUUCACUUCCAAAUGGAAUUGAAUGGGUAGAAAUAGUUGAACCUCAAACAAAGCAACAUAUGUAUGCAAAUCUUCGUACCGGUCAAUGUUCAUGGGAAAUUCCUUCUGAUGUACCUGUAAAACGAACUCAAAGUAAUCAAUGGUGGGAAUUAUUUGAUACAAAUACGCAAAGAUUUUAUUAUUAUAAUGCAACUUCAAUGAAAACAGUUUGGCAACGUCCAUGUAAUUCAGAUAUUAUUCCACUUGCUAAACUUCAGACAUUAAAAGAAAAUACGGAAAUUCCUUCACAUUCACAAACUGAUGAACGAAAUACACCAUCAGCUACAACUGAAGUUAAAACUAAACGUAAUAGUGAAACGCAAACAUCACCAAAAGAAGAGCGCCGAUCGGCAAAUCGGAUUUUUACACGAACAGUUUUUGCCCAAAAUAUAUCGCCAGAAGCUGGUAUUGUUACGACCCAACGGCGUCUCAGUUCACCACAUUCAUCUUUAACUAGACGUGUACAUCGAUCAUCUCCCUUGCCGUUACAGUCUAAUUCAUCAUGCAUUUCUCCAUUGCUCAAUUCUUUUCAGGAAAUGCAUAUUUAUUCUAAUCGAGAUUGUGCAAAUGUACAAUGCGGAUCACCAAUGAUUGGGCAUAUAUCCCGAGAUGAUUCUGUUGAAAGCCGUUCAUCUUAUUCCCAUUUAUCGAAUAUUAGGCCUAGAAUUAUGCUUGAUUCUUCAAUACCAAUGGUCCCUGUGAUGCCUUUUCGGUCAACUUCUGCAGCUUCAUCUGCUGAGCCACCAUCUUAUAACUCUUCAUCCUUCAAAAUACCAAGUUCGAUUGUUAAUAAUCCAGUCAACAAUCGUUUUCCUGUUGAAGAUGUUGCUGCAAAGAAAGUUGUAAGCUCUGGCCAGACUACGAAAAAUAUUGAAACCUCGAAUGAAUCUAUUGUUGAUUCUUGGACAAAAGAUUCUAUUAAAUCACCUGUAUCAGGGUGCUUGGAUGAUAAAGUCUUGAAAAAAGAGGCGCCUACACUUUUUAAACUUGUUCAGUGUUAUAUGGGUGAUCGAAAAUCGAAAACUUCUCCUGAUCAGCUGGCUCUAUCUCUUUGUGAAUCGGGUACUUCAAAAGAGGUUCUUGGCGACGAAUUAUUUUGUCAACUAAUCAAACAAUUAACUGGAAAUGAGAAAUGUGAUUCGCUGAGGCGAGGUUGGGAACUGCUUGCCAUAUUUUUGACAUUUAUGACUCCAUCCACUGAGGAAAUUUUACAGCGGUUGAUGCGUUUUAUCGAUGCAAACUCAGAUCGCCUACUCGAUUCACCUGAAGUUCCAAUAUCUCAUUAUGCACUUCAGUGCUCUCGUCGACUUUUACGUACAUCUUCUAUGAAACAGAAGCCUACGCUACAGUUAAUACAAGAGUCUCGAAUUCAUAUUUUCAGCCCGCCACAAUUUUCUGCUCCAUUGGAAGAACUUAUGGAGCUUCAGGCUGAAAAAUAUCCAGAAAGGAGUAUUUCCGUCUUCAAUCAUUGUUUUAGAGUUUUACCGUGGCUUGAGACAACAUUGAUUGAUCUUAUUAUAUCUUCUGAUGGUCAACAUACUGAAGGUCUCUUUCGCGUUCCUGCAAAUCCUGAUCAUAUUCAUACAGCUCGUCUACGACUAGAUCGUGGAUUAAUUCCUGUUGUGCGAGACGCACAUGUACCAGCUGCAUUGCUUAAAUUAUGGCUUCGAUCAUUGCCUGAACCUCUUCUACCUGAUUUGUUUUAUUCGCGAUGUCUUGCGGUAUGCGACCAACCUGAAGAAGCCUGUCGCAUUGUCGAAUUACUUCCGACUAUCAAUCGCUUGGUGCUUGCUAAGCUACUCGAUCUUUUGCAGUUAUUGGCGGAAGAUGAAACAGUGUUUCAUACAAAAAUGGAUGUUUGUAAUUUGGCAAUGGUAAUGGCACCAAAUAUAUUACGUUGUAGUAGUAAUGAUCCACGGAUUAUAUUUGAUAAUGCACGUCGUGAAAUGACUUUUAUUAAGACUCUUAUUCUUCACUAUGAUACAUCUUUCAUUCAUUCCAUAACUUAA